AUGCGUGCGUUUCUUAAGUCCUUAGAUGAGCAUGUUUGGUUGAGUGUGCAAAAUGGCUGGAAACCUCCCUCCACUAUCGUAUCAGGAACUGUUAACCUUACUGAUAUAUCACUGUGGACUAAGGAUGAGAUAGCUGAAUGCGAGAAAGUUCCCGAGUCUGAAAUUGUUAAAAAAAAAUUUCAAAAGGCUCUCAAGAAUACGAGAAAUCCUCAGGAUAGAAAAAGUGGAGUCCCUAGCAGAUUCUCAAAAGAAAAAACUGAAAGGUUUAACAAUAAAAGUUCUAGUGAUAAACCACAUUUGGUUAGGUGCCAUGAAUAUCAAGGUAUAGGUCACUAUAGGAAUGAGUGCCCUAGUUAUAAGAAUAAUCAAAGAAAAGGGCAGGGUAAGGCCUUAGUUGUUUCACUUACUGAUAACGAGUCUGAGACCAGUGAUAGGCAGGAGUCAUCUAGUAGUGAAGAUGAAGGGAACUAUAUGGCAUUUGUGUGGACUAUUAAGAGUGAAUCUGAUAAGGAGAGUGACAAGGUUGAGGAAGAACUUCACAACAAUAAUUCUAGUAAUGAGGAUGACAUAGACAUACAUGAGUUGGAAGACAAGGUUAAGACAUUAACUAGUGAAUUGGAGAAAUCUAAUGCUCAUCUGCAGACUUUCAUAAGUGGAACUAAGAAAUUGGAUGAUAUUUUGGGAAUGAAUAAGCCUAUGGGAGAUAGGAAAGGUCUAGGAUAUGUUGAGGGUAAUACACAUGGUGCUGGUCCAUCUAAAACUGUAUUCAUUUCUGCCUCUAGGAAGUCUAACGCUAUCAACAGUCCAAAUAAGGGUAAGAAUGGUUCGAGGGAACAAAGUCAUCAAUCACGUAGAAAUUUUAUGCCCAAACACCCACAGACACGUACCUUUGAGCCUAGGUUCAUUCCCACCUGUCACCACUGUGGAGCUCUAGGACACACUAGGCCUAGAUGUUAUAAGUUAGGCAAUGAGCAUAGAAAUCAGAAUAUUCCAAGUCAGGUCAGUUUUCUGACUAAUCAGGUUAGUCAUUUGACUGAGAUGCUUACUAGGCUGACUAGGAGUACCACGUCAUCUAAGAAAGUUUGGGUUAAAAAGGAGGAUCUAGCUGGACUUUCAGGUUAG